AAAUUGGCUGGAUGCAGUUCUCCACUUUUCAGCUUAGUAACUGCAGCUAACUGGUGUUAAAAGAAAUCGUUCGUCGCCAACCUUCGAAACCAAACGCUCAUCACUAACCUUCGAAACCAAACGCUCAUCACCACCCUUCGGAAACAGGUGCUGAUCCUCAAAUCGUUGAAAUUGAAAGUGCUUCAAGAAACACGAAAUCGACAUUCUCGGCUUCAUCAAAUCGUCAAUUUCUGGCCGGAGCUCUAGCCAUGUCUCAAAUGGUACAUCAGAAACUGGAUGAUAUUAGCCAAGCCAUCUGCAAUCUCCGCGAUGUUGGGGAUAGUGUUUUUGACGAGCUACAGACGAAAGUGUCUAAACUCCUGGUUCAGGUUGAGGUUCAAAGGAGCCUAAACGAUAUAGCGCGAAGUAUCCGAGAUGGAAGCGCACUACCCGUUCGGAGGAUCAAUUACAACAUCAAGAAGCUAUCGGAGGACGACGAGGCAUGCCAAGUCCGCUGGUCGGCCUUGCGGAAACUCAAGUGCCCAGAGAUUAUAUUUAGCACGAUGGCUUUUGCAGGAUUGAUCUCUCUGCAUGAUCAACAAUUUGAGUACCUUGUGGAAAAUGUGCCGAACUAUAUGGAGACCCAGGAGCUACCACGUGAUUGGAUUGCACGUGAUCAGAUUAGAAAGGUUGUGGCAAGCACCCCAAGGCGAGAGAAUACCCAGCCAUUUCUACAAGAUUACCAUGGUCUUGAGAUACAGUUAAAUCAAGCUGACGCUUCUAAUUCCAAGAAAGAGAAAGCGGCGCCGAGAAAGCGCAAACGACUUGAAGGCGAUCAGACUCUAUCAGCCAGCGAGGGAACUGAGACAGAACAAAUGCAGAGAAGAGGGUCUGAGACUCGUCAAUUGCCGAUAGUCCAGCAAAGCAGACAAAUUCAAUACAUGUUCUCGAAAGCACCAACUAGCCAGAUAGCCCUCUUGGGUAGCCUACUCUCCAACGCAGUCCAGGCCAGCAAACAAUGGGAGAUAGAAAGGAAGCAAAAAGAACCGACAACAGAAUGCUUGACCACGCUAAUUCCUGAGGGAAAGAAUGAAGAUAUCUCUAUCACUUUAUGGGUCGGCCGUAGAGAGGGACUUCAGGUGCUCGAGCUACUCAAGCUCCAGUGGACUUGGUCAGCUUAACCCAUCCAUGUAUCACUUCAACCUCAAGCCCUUUGGGAACAACAUGUUCCGUGUCUGCUGCAGAAUCGUCGUAUUUCCAGUAUGGCUCCGUGCCUUUCGCUGCCUUGGGAUCAGAGACCCUGAUCAAUGCCCCCCUGCCGAAUAUUGUUCUUUCGUAGUCCACUCCGUCGAAUAUAUGACCGCGUAUAUAUACUUGUUCCUCCAAUAUAUCCCCAAACUAAGAAAAAUCAAAGUUAGAAUCAAACAUGAUUAAAAGGGUGUAAAAACAAACCGUUUCGGACAUGGUCAAUCGCCGUCUCGGUCUUGGCUUGCACGAACAACCGUACCAGCAGUUGUUCAAACUGCGAGGCUUAAUGUAUUGUCCGAUCAAGUAAAUAAGUGUUGCAUUCGAAUCCCAAGUAAGAUCGUAAGCUCACUGUAUCAGUGACUGCUCCUAUCGGAACAACUGUGCACUGAAGAAGGUCGCCCGCCAGUACAUAUGAAGUUCUGCUGGAGAGAGGUGGUCGGGUUGGAUCCUCAAUAUUGAGGUGCGCUUUGGGUUCGAUAGGACGUGAAAUGAGGGGGGUAAUGUCGCGCCGCUUGUGAGCAAGGUAUGACGAAAUAUAUCAUGCGGCUGAUGCAGAACUGCUGUCACUCGGUGUAGGUGGACAAGGUCUACUGGCAAAUAUGGUUGGCCCAGGUAAACCAAGCCAUUAUUGUCGCUCAGGGUGAAUGGUGUUUGAUUCUUAGCUGCACUUCGAGAGGUUAUUCAUGU